AUGUCGUCUAACUCAAGCCUUUCCGCCGCGGACGGCGCGACUCUGAAGACUAUCGGCGAAGAUACGAUCCGAUAUGUCGUCUUUCUUGUCGUCGAGGCCAUAUUCUAUACUAUCUACUUCAUCCUCGUAGUAUUCUCGGGGCGUGUUCUUCUAUCGAAGAAGCGUCGCAGCAAGAUAACCGUGGCGAUCUUCGCGAUCAUCCUGAGCAUGCUUGUGCUUGAUACGGCUCUGUGCAUUCUCGACGUGAAUAGUGUGAUUCAAGAGCUCCGCGAUACGUUGACCACAGACUCUACGGAUCCGCUUCCAGUUCGAUACGCCAAUCGGUACUCAUCUUGGGCUGUCGGGAAUGCACCCUUUGCGUUCAUGUACAACCUUGGCGAUGUCAUCAUCGUUUGGCGGACAUAUGCCUUCUACUACCAUUCACCCGAGCGGUGGCUCCUUGUUCUACCGACGGCCCUCCUCGCCGGUUCAUUCAUCGUGACUGGCAUCAUUUGCUAUUGUAUCGCCCACGGGGCUGUCUCUACGGUCAACAACUUCAUCGACCCUCCACUCUGCGUCCACAUCCAAAUCACGUCAUACGCGAUCGCUUUCGCGACUACCGCUGUUGCUACCUUCAUGAUUUGCUGGAAGACAUGGACUUAUCGCCGCCUGGUUCGUCACGACUCUCAAGCAGCUACGCAAAAAACCCGAGCGGAGAAGAUUCUAAUUAUUCUGAUUGAGUCUGGGCUGGUGUAUCUCAUCUUCUUCUUCUUUGUUCUACUAGACGACGUGGGUGAUGUGCCGUCCCUCGAGACGUCAACGCCAGCACUCGUGUUCUCGACCGAGAUAUGGACGUAUACGACUAGCGAGAUCAUUGGAAUCUACCCUGUCAUCAUCGUGCUUCUGGUUCACUCACAGAGAUCCUACAUCGACGACGUGGUGAUGUCUACAAUUGGUAUCAUUCCCACCCACUCGAUCAUCAAGUUCGCAGCACCUCCAUCCAACAAGGAUGGUGCCGCUGUAACGAGCGUGAGGCACGAAGGGCGCGACUCCCAUGUUCUUCAUAUCGACGUCCACGAGUUGCAAGAGAGACACGAAGGAGCGUCCUUCAACGACGGAAGUGAGGGUAUGACCAACGGCGAGUUGGAGUUCCAUAAAUCGCGAGAGAAGCUCAGGCUUCCCUCGGAGAGCGGCGAAGCUGUCAUAGCAAUAGAAUGA